AAAAAGGACUUUCUGAUCCAACGCUCUCUUCGGCAGGUUUCGUCCCACUCCGAUCUGAACAGAACUCACAUUUUCCACACGCAGAGAGAGAGAGAGAGAGAGAGCUGAAAAAUGGCGUCGUUUGACGAUGACUCAUACGCCACCGGCAACAUCAACAACGACGACCUAGAAGAAAUCCAGCCGCCGCCGCCGCCCUACGACAACGACGGCUACGACUCUGGCAUCGCUUCCCAGCCCUACGACUUCGACCUCCCCUCCGCCACCGCCGACGAUCACGCUCCUCACCCGCCUAUAUACGCGGCGGACGAUUUCGCUUCGGCCGGCGACCACCACAUCCACAACAAUCUUCAUUCGCCGGAGACCUACGGUUUUGGCUCGGCACCAAACCCUGACUACUCGUUCGAACCGACCGUUCCCCAAUCGGAUGGCACUGGCAAGCCUUACGAUAUUGGAGCUGACACGGAUGGCCUCUUCACCGCUUCCGAAGGUCCUCUCCUUCCAGACCCCACCGAGAUGCGGGAGCAAGGUGCUGCAUUUCGCGAGUGGCGUCGCCAAAAUGCCAUUUAUCUGGAGGAAAAGGAGCACAGGGAGAAGGAGAUGAGAACCCAGAUUUUUAAUGAAGCAGAGGAGUUUAAGCGAGCUUUCUACGAGAAAAGAAAGAUUAAUUGUGAGACCAAUAAGGCCCAUAAUAGAGAACGAGAGAAGCUUUACUUGACCAACCAAGAGAAAUUCCACAAAGAAGCUGACAAACAGUACUGGAAAGCGAUAGCAGAGAUCAUUCCUCGCGAGGUAGCUAAUAUUGAGAAAAGAGGACGAAAGAAGGAUGAUGAAAGGAAGCCUUCAGUAACCGUCAUUCAGGGUCCGAAGCCUGGCAAACCCACUGAUCUUGCCAGAAUGCGGCAACUUAUUUUGAAGCUAAAGCAGAAGCCUCCAUCUCACAUGCUACCUCCCCCACCACCCCCGGCAAAGGAUGACAAAGAUGCAAAAGAUGCAAAGGACGAGAAAAAUGCAGCGCCAGCAGCGGCCGAAGAAGGAAAGGAUGACAAGGACGGGAAAGGCACGCUCAAAGCAGCAGCAGCAGCAGCAGCUGAGGAUGCCGCUGCCAAACCUGCCUCGCCCACGAAAAAUGCCAAUCCUGCUGCUGCAGACAAACCCGUUUCACCUUCUAAAAAUGCUGUUGCCACGGAUGGUUUCACUGCAACAGCCAAACAGGAAGGUCCUGCUGCAACUGAUGAGAAACAAGUCGCGGAAACUGAAUCGGCUACAACAGCCUGAUGACUCACUGACCAUUUUCUAGUAAUUUUUUCCUAAUUAAUUCAUAUUCUUUUUCUUCCAUCCAUUUUUUUCCGGCAUUACUGGAACACCCCAUCGUGAUUCGGCAUAGAGAAUAAGAGCAGCCGCGUUUUGAUGCUUCAUGGCAAAGCAGCAUGUGCUGCAAACAGCUUUUAUUCUAACUUGUUUUUAGGACACUCAAACUGUGUUUACCCCAUUUUUAAGUUUUAGUAAUUUGUUUCUUUGCUGCCUAUGUUCUGUUACUGGCAGUUUUAUGCGAAAGCCAAAGGGACUUAGAAACUAAAGUAUAAUAAACAUCUCCUUCAUAUAACGGCUUUAUAGAUGUUUUGACCAUUGGCAGAGACGGUCAGAGGUUUAGUAUUCAUUUAGCUAACUUUUACUAAGUGGGGAUUAAGAAUUAUCAGUGUUGUUAUAUUUCCUUAUAUAUGAAACUGACCAAAUUAUGGUAUGCUGUGGUAAUUUAUGGUAUGCAUGUUACUAGGAAGCAUUGGCGGUGGCAUGAGAAAGACUUGAGAUUUGAGUUUGAAGGAGUU